AUGGUAGAAGAGUGUUGGGGUGGGUUCACACCUGCUCGCAUUUCCAGUCAGUGCAUUGUGCAGUACAGAGUUACCAAAGCUAAAAAUGUAGUGUUUGGUGUUGAGAUCGAUGAGACCGAGUCUCUGUCUGUGAUGGAGGGUGAUUCUGUCACGCUACAGACUGGCGUGACUAAAAUACAAGAGGACGAUCUGAUCAUGUGGAUGUGCGGAGAUCAGUGUAUCGCCAAACUCAACAUAUCAUCCCAAGUCAUCUCUGAAAUGGACAACAGAUUCAAAGACAGACUCAUCCUGGACCAGACCGGGUCUCUGACCAUCAACAGCACCAGGACCACAGACUCUGGAGUGUAUAAAGCACAGUUGAUUGGGCAAAAAGUGUUCAAGAAGACUUUCAUUGUCACCAUCAUUGCUCGUCUUCCCAAGCCUGCCAUUAACAGCUACUGUCCACAAAAUCCUUCAUCGUCAGGAUCCUUAGACUCUAAAUGUGUCCUGCUGUGUUCAGUGGUGAAUGUGAGCGCUGUGAGUCUCUCCUGGUACAAAGGAAACAGUGUAUUGUCCAGCAUCAGUGUGUCUGAUCUCAGCAUCAGUCUCUCUCUACCUCUGGAGGUGGAAUAUCAGGAUGAAAACACCUACAGCUGUGUGAUCGACAACCCCAUCAGCAACCAGACCACACAUCUGGACAUCAGCACACUCUGUCAGCCAUGUUCAGAUCAUGUCUGCUGCUGUGACUCAGCUGAAGCUGCGAUCCAAUUGGUCCUUUCUGCUCUGGUGGGCGUGGCUACUGUAGCCGUCUUGGUUUAUGAUUUCAGAUCCAGAAGAGCUGAACAGAAAAGCCGCAGGCCAUCAUCUAAUCUUCAGGAAACAGACAUUAAUUUAUUACAACAGGACUAAACGAAGUAUUUUAAUCUAAACGAUUAAUGCUUCAGCCGCUCAGUGGUUAGCACUGAUGCCUCACAGCAGGAAGGUUGCUGGUUUGAGUCCCGGCUGGGCCAGUUGGCAUUAC